AUGGUGAAUCAGACGAUCCAGAUUUUCGCGAGAGUGAAACCUUCUCUCCGGAAGCACCAGCAAGGGAUUUAUUCUAUAGACGAAGAUGAAAAAUUAGCAGCCAGCUUGGAAAUUAUCUUACCACGUGAUCUGGCUGAUGGAUUUGUGAAUAAUAAACGAGAAAGCUACAGAUUUAAAUUUCAAAGGAUUUUUGAUCAGGAUGCAAACCAAGAGACCAUCUUUGCUAGCAUUGCCAAGCCAGUUGCUGAGAGUGUGCUGGCGGGUUACAAUGGAACCAUCUUCGCCUACGGGCAGACGGGCAGCGGAAAGACAUUCACCAUCACGGGCGGGGCUGAGCGGUACAGUGACAGAGGCAUUAUCCCAAGGACCCUGUCAUACAUUUUUGAGCAGUUACAAAAGGACAGCAGCAAAGUCUAUACAACACACAUUUCCUAUUUGGAAAUCUACAAUGAAUGUGGUUAUGAUCUGUUGGAUCCAAGACAUGAAGCCUCCAGUUUGGAAGAUUUGCCGAAAGUGACAAUCUUGGAGGACCCAGAUCAGAACAUUCACCUGAAAAACCUGUCUCUUCAUCAGGCCACCACGGAGGAGGAGGCUCUGAACCUGCUGUUCUUGGGGGACACCAACAGAAUGAUUGCAGAGACUCCUAUGAAUCAAGCUUCAACCCGUUCUCACUGCAUUUUCACCAUUCAUUUAUCAAGCAAGGAGCCAGGAUCUGCAACUGUCCGACAUGCCAAACUCCAUUUGGUGGACCUGGCUGGCUCAGAACGAGUUGCAAAGACUGGAGUAGGGGGACAGCUUCUAACGGAGGCCAAGUACAUCAACUUGUCACUGCAUUACUUAGAACAGGUUAUCAUUGCUCUUUCAGAAAAACACCGUUCACACAUACCCUAUAGGAACUCCAUGAUGACCAGUGUCCUGAGAGACAGCCUGGGGGGGAACUGCAUGACAACUAUGAUCGCAACGCUCUCAUUGGAGAAAAGGAAUAUUGACGAGUCUAUAUCCACCUGUAGAUUUGCACAACGAGUGGCGCUCAUAAAGAACCAAGCUGUUCUUAAUGAAGAAAUCGACCCCAGAUUGAUGAUUAUCCGCCUCCAAAAGGAGAUCCAGGAACUGAAGGAUGAACUGGCCAUUGUCACCGGGGAGCUGAGGACAGAAGCGCUCACAGAGGCAGAGCUCCAACAGCUGGAAAAACUAAUAAUGUCCUUUCUGGAAGACCAAGAUCCAGAGAGUAGGCUAGAGGUUGGCACCGACAUGCGUAAAAUUCAUCACUGUUUUCAUCAUUUAAAGAAACUGCUGAAUGACAAGAAGACACCUGAGAAAAGUACAGUCUCCUCUGAAACCAAAAACCAACACUGCCAAGAACCAUUCAAAGAGGAAGAAUAUGAGAAACUGCGAGAUCUACUGAAACAGAGAGAUAAUGAGAUCAAUAUUCUGGUCAAUAUGUUAAAAAAGGAGAAGAAGAAAGCUCAAGAUGCCCUCCAGCUAUCUGGCAUGAAUAGAGGUGAAGUAAGUCACUCCAGGAGCUCACCCUUCCCACCCAGAACGUCAGAAGGGCAGAAGACAUCACUCUCCUCAGCUCCCACCCAGUCCCAGGACCUCAGCACAUUGGAGUACAGAUCCAGUUUGCUCCACAAAAAAACAGGAAUGAGAGAGGAGAUGUCUCUAGGGCGCCAGGAGGCCUUUGAAACCUUCAAGAGGGAUCACGCUGACAGCAUCACCAUCGAUGACAACAAGCAGAUUCUGAAGCAGAGAUUUUCAGAAGCAAAAGCCCUAGGAGAAAGCAUAAAUGAAGCAAGACGCAAAAUCGGUCAUCUGAAGGAGGAACUCACCCAGCGACACAUCCAGCAAGUAGCUCUAGGCAUCUCAGAGCACACAGCCGCACCCACGGCGUCAGAUCCACGGGAAGAGAAGCUGCGAUCCCAGCUGGAGGAGGAGAAGACAAGGUAUAAAGCCAUGUUCACGCGCCUGAAAGCCCUGAAGGUGGAGAUCGAGCACCUGCAGCUGCUCAUGGACAAAGCCAAGGUGAAGCUGCAGAAAGAGUUUGAAGUCUGGUGGGCAGAGGAAGCCACCCAACUGCAGGUAGAUUCUCCAGGGGCGAGUUCACUUGACCACGUAAAGCCGUAUCCCCACACGUCCGAAUCCAAGCAUGAGCAGCCCCACCUUCCCUCUGCUGCUGCCAGGUGCGGGGCCUGGGAGGUCCAGGACCAAGGCACGGACAGGUUCAGCGUGUGCAAUGAUGUGACUGCCAGGAGGACCCUGGCCUCACCAGUCCCCAGCCUGCACAGCCAGAAGUGCCGGAGCAGCAGCACCCCAGUGGAAGGCAGUGAUCCUCAGAGACCGGUGUCAUCCAUCCCCCUCACCGGGGACAGCCAGACCGACUCGGACAUCCUGGCCUUCAUCAAGGCCAGACAGAGCAUUCUGCAGAGAAAGGGCAGCCUUCUCCCUUGUUUAGAAGUCCAGGACUGGCUAGAGGAGGCCAAGCAAAAUGUGAGAGUCAGACAAGGUGGUGAGAAAGAUGCACGUGAUAUUGAUAGGCAAUAUCCAUCUCCCAGACCAGACCCAAACCCCACCAUCACCCCCAUGGACUGA